GGCGGCGCGCGCCGAGCGGGGGGCGCCGCGCGGGUGCAGCCACGAUGGAAGGGGGUGCGUACGGAGCGGGCAAAGCUGGGGGCGCCUUCGACCCCCACACCCUGGUCCGGCAGCCGCACACCAUCCUGCGCGUCGUGUCUUGGUUGUUCUCCAUCGUGGUGUUCGGCUCCAUCGUGAACGAGGGCUACCUCAACAGCCCCUCGGAGGGAGAGGAGUUCUGCAUCUACAACCGCAACCCCAACGCCUGCAGCUACGGCGUGGUGGUGGGCGUGCUCGCCUUCCUCACCUGCCUGCUCUACCUGGCCCUGGACGUGUACUUUCCGCAGAUCAGCAGCGUGAAGGACCGCAAGAAGGCCGUGCUGUCGGACAUCGGUGUCUCGGCCGUCUGGGCCUUCCUGUGGUUCGUGGGCUUCUGCUACCUGGCCAACCAGUGGCAGGUCUCCAAGCCUAAGGACAACCCACUGAACGAAGGGACGGACGCGGCCCGGGCCGCCAUCGCCUUCUCCUUCUUUUCCAUCUUCACGUGGGCGGGCCAGGCUGUGCUGGCCUUCCAGCGGUACCAGAUUGGCGCCGACUCGGCCCUCUUCUCCCAGGACUACAUGGACCCCAGCCAGGACUCCAGCAUGCCUUACGCCCCCUACGUGGAGCCCAGCGCCGGGCCUGACCCCGCCGGCAUGGGCGGCACCUACCAGCAGCCAGCCAACGCCUUUGAUGCCGAGCCCCAGGGCUACCAGUCGCAGGGCUACUGAGCCGCAGUGACCGCCUGCCCCCCGCCUGCCCCCUCCCUCCAUACCUAGCCCCCUGCUCCCUCCCUGGCUGCCCUGCCCAGCACCUCAUCAGCCUCCGGGUUCCACAGAGGUCCAGGGCAGCUCGGGGUGGGAUGGGGCAGUAAGGUGGUGGGGGGUCAACAUGUGUGUGCAAUUGUGUCCAGCAGGGGCCUGGGGGGUUUGCAUUCAUUCACUGUGUCAUCGAGCAUUCAUUGAGCGCCUACUGUGUGCCAGGCCUGUGCUCGGCUUGGGUGGUGAAAGAGAAAUGGUCCCUGGAAAGGGAGAAGUCAGGAUGUGGAGGAGGCCCUGUUGGUACCAGAGCUGGGGGUGGUGGGAAAGAUGGAGGGGGAUGAUGCCGGGAAGGUUUGGCUGCAGGGUGAGUGUGAACCCCCACAGGACACUGGGGGCUGUCCCCUGCUGGAGUGGCACAGCAGCCCUGCAGGAGUGUUGGGGCUGUCUCCAUUUUAUGGUUGAGGAAACUGAGGCCUGGAGAGGUCAAGGUCGCUCACCCAAGGUCACUCAGGCGGCCAGUGGUGGAGGUGGGGCCAAGCCCAGGCCGCCUGACUGCAGACCACCCUCUGUCCCCCGUCCUCCUGCCUCCCUGUCUCUGAGCCUGGGGCUCCACCACUCAGUGCCACCAUCCCUCUGGGAGGCCCUGGGGACCUUAGCUCAUGAGACACCCUGAUUCUGCUGCAAGCCAGGGGCCUGUUCUGCCCCGGCUGUCCCCCCAGCAGGGCAGCCCUGCCUCCAGGCCCUUCUCCUCACAUCCCCAGCGGCCCCUCCCCUGGCCUCCUCCCAGGCUGGGAGAGCCAAGAGGCUCGCCUCACUCACGUGUUUCCCGGGUUCUGCGCCUGUCCCACCGGGAGCUCCAGUGCCCCGCCUGUGGCCUCCCGAAGGACUGACCACUGUCCCUGCCUCUAGGAGGGGCUCACUAGGUCCUUGCCCAGGGCAGGGUGGAGGAGGAGGCCCAGAAGGGGGAGUGACUGGCCCAAAGUCACAGUGAGUGAGUGGCAGAGCUGGGCUGGCUGCCCGGGGCUCUUGCCCCAGCCACCCAGCAGGUGCCCCGAUUCCCUGCCCUUGUGACCUCCCAGGAAACAGAACUGAUCUGGGACACUGUGUCAUCUUUCCCUCAGCCUGCGUCAGCCAGGGGUUCAGGGGCUGGAACAACCAAGGGCAUGGAGGGUCCUUCCCCUGGCCUUCCAGUAGGCCUGCCGCGGGGCCAAUCUCCCUGUACGAGGCAGAGUAGAGGGGACAGGGACUCUGGGCCCAGCAAGGGCAGCCUGUGAGCUGCUACUGUGGGACACACUGCCCCCAAGAUGAGCAGUGAGAGCCUCUGGGGCAUGGUAGAGGCCACUGGCUGUAGGGGAAAGGGUAGCAGGUGUCCCCAAAGGCACAAGGAGGGUUGUGGGGGGCAAGGAGGGACUCUUGCACAAGAUGGGCUCUUCACUGAGCCUUAAGGACAGAGAGGCCUGGAGGGUAGAGAGAGGUGUGGGGAGGCCUGGGGCCCAACGCCCACCAGCUGGUGCCUCAGGGAGCAGGGCAGGGGGAUUGUGGGUUGGCACCUGCGGGGUGUGCCCACUACCAGCACCCCAUGCCCCCACAAGAGCCCUAAGGGGCCGGUCAUAUUCACUCACUUGCCGGUUGAUUCAGCAAUUAGGGGGCACCUGUGUGGUGAGGUCCCUGUCCUGGGGGAGCUGACAGUCCAUCAGAGACGAGCACUAAAGCAACAACUGGACCCAGGGUCCCUUACGGGGGCGAAGCACGGGACAAGUGCACAACGGGCUGUGGCUCCCCUAGGAGGGGCCCUGAAGAUGGGCAGGAACUAGCCUGGUAACAAGGGAAGGAGAAGGAACUUCCUAGGCAGGGAAGUAGCAUUGUUGUCCCCACUUAACAGAAGGGCAAACUGAGGCUCGGAGCAUGAGUUAGCAGUAGAGCACAGAUCUGAACCAAGUCUGUGCAGGUCCUCCCAGGGGCAGCAGUGAUGGGGGGACACCAGACAGCGACAACAGCUGGUUGUUGCUGACUUCAAUUUUCCACUUCUGGGGAAGGGGCUCUGUCUAUGGUUCUUCCCCCCAGGUGGCCCAAGUGGGGACAGGAUGGGGUUGUGGUGUCCACCAGGCUGAGCAGUGGAACCUAUGCAGGACCAGAGGUUUUUGAAGCAGGUGAAGGUGUGGGCGUGUUUCUGGCCGAGCGAUGUUCUGUGUCCAGGCAGGAAGCUGUGAGAAGUCCUCCCUCUCGCCCAUUCCCCACCAAAAACCUCCCUGCUGAUGGGCACUGGAGGCCCCAGGGCGCUGCCCAUCUGUGCUCCCUGGGCACUGACCCCUGCCUAGUGAUGCUGGGCUGGAGGGCAGGGUACCAUUUAAGCUUCACACAAUCCCUGGGUGUUGAUUACAGACGCCCCCUGCCGCCCCAGCCUGGGAAAGUUUACAAGACCUCUGCCAAGAGCAGCGGGUGCUGACUCAUCUCACUCCGCAUUCCUCACUCGUUGGGGUACAGCCCAGACACAACCCCACCAUCAGGCUGGGCGCUGGCAGGGGCCGGCCCAUGGUGGUGAGAAAGGGCUAGGGAUGCUGGAGGGCAGGAUUUGGGUGGGACCCAGGGCCCCUGACUUCCCUGCUGGGAGGCUGGCAGGGAAGCCCUGCUCCUUCUGUUGGCUGAGGACAGCCCCUGGAGGCCCCAAGCUUAGAGCCUGUGCUCACAGGCCAACGGUGUCCCCUUUUCCUUCCCUGCUGCCCCCCUCUGUCUCUCCCUUGCUUCCAAGCCUUCCCUUGGACAAGGGUCCCCUGCAGUCUGACCUUGCAGAGUUUUGGCUCCCUCCUCCCAUCAAGCACAAGAGAGAGCCCAGGAGAACUGGGUUGCACAGGAGUUUAGAGCUGCAGGGACCCUUAGAGACGGCGGAGUCUGGGCCAGGAAGGCAGCGACUGACCCAAGUCAAGCACAGAGCUAGAGGUUGGGAUCCAGGUUUCCUGCCUCUGAGUUGACACUCAUCCUGCGCAGUCACACGCCGUCCGGGUGCGGCUCCUGGUCCACCUGGGGUGUGACAGUUGAGGGACUAACUCCCAGGGGCCUGGCAUCCGCUCCCCACUCCCACCUUCCCUGGUGAUUCUUGACCUUCAGAGACUCUUAGGGGUCCCAGGCUUUCCCCAUGUAACCGAGAACCCCCACUUGUGUGACCCCUUGGGGGCCCCCCAACCUUGGCCUGAGACCCCUUUGAUUCUCUAAGGAGCAUGAAGGAGGAGCACCCCUCCUAAGAGUUUGUGGGAGGGUAGGCUGGUCCAGCCAUCUCCCAGCGCUGCCCCUUGCCGUGACACUCCCCGUCCCCUGUGCCCACAGCCCUGGUCUGGGUGCCCUGGCCCCUCCCGCAGCGUUACUGCCUGUGUAUAGUAUAAAUAUAUAUAUUUUCUAUAUGUAAGAUGUAUAAUAUAAGGCUCCACAAAUAUAUCGGUGUGUGUGCGUGUGUGCAGUGAAUGGUGGUCCCCACCUUGGGCCCCCACUCUGGACUCCCCACCACCUGGUUAAGUCUCUCAAGAGUGAAUCCAGUGGCCCUGUGGCACCCUCCUUUAUGACAUCUGUCCAUUCGUGAUGAACCAAGUAAAGGUGGUGACUUCUGGUGACACAGUAAUAAAGGAAAAAUUCAAAACCCACCAGCUGGUUGCAGCGUGCAGCGUGUCGUGGUGGUUUUUUUUGUUCCUCAUGAGUGUGGCUUGGGAUUGCCCAUCCUCCCUGUCUCCCCUGACCUGGGACACGCUUUAUUUGUUCAUUAUUGUUCAGUAGAAAGUGAAAUCAUUACAGCUGAAGCUGACACCC